AUGACCAUCCUAUGGGGAAUGCUGCUGGCAGCUUUGAUUCUGACGGCAUCACCGCAGGCGCCCUCGGCGUGGUCCGAGAACGACAAUUGGGAUGACCCUUUCUUCUACGACACCCCCGUCGUUUGCACCUGGUCAUGUGGAGCUAUGGCACCAUGGAUUCUCGAUGUCAUAAUCGCCGUCACACUGAUUGUGGGCGGUUUCGUGAUCCGAGCCUUGAAGCUGGUAAAGCCAGUCGCAGACUUCUGCUCGGUGUGGCUAGUCGAAAAACCUGGCUACUGGACGGAAGAUGUGUUUGUGCGCUGCGCGUUGAGGUCUACCGCCUCAGGUAGUGUGUGGUGGCCCCUGUGGACGUUCAUCACCUGGCUGGUUGUCUGCCUGUACCUCCAUGCUCGUGCCUUCUACGACAUCUUCGAUUCCCUGCUGUCGGAGCUGACGUGGCUGACGCUGUCAUUGAUCUGGGGUGCUAAUAAAGCUUUUACCUGGCGGUCAGGAUCCCCUCUCAACGAAUUUGAAGACACUUGGGGGUUUGGACAGAUUCUGCCCAUGUUUUUACUAAUUGCCCCACUGGCAGCAAUUCCCGAGAUGUACUACGCAGGAGAUGGGCAGGACCUGACCACAGCCAACAAACGUCAACGUGCCGCUGUUAGCGGGCCACUCAUUGGGAUGAAUCCCAUGUCCCGCCAACCUAGGAUGAGAUCCAACGACAACACUUCGUACGGCAUGAUGUGGAAACCUAACACCGCAUACGCAGCAUCGGAAUUGCCCAUUCUCUUACGACACCGCGACGCAGCGUACAAGUCCAAAGCCUUCCGGUUCCUCAUCUUUGCUUACAUGGUUUUGGGCCCCAUCUGGCUUAUCAUGAUCAUGUACUAUCAGCGUGCUGUUGGGGCGAAGAAUCCGGCAAACACGGUAUUGAAAGGGUUCAAGGACAGUGUGUUACCGAUAACACUACUCUUGCCCACUGCAGCAUUCUUGGUCCUGUUCGCACCUUUCUCGCCUGUCAUUCGCGGCGCUCUAAAAGGAGACAGUUACCAGUCCAUUGAUGGGACAACUACGGAGCCGGCAUUGUGGCUAGGACUGAGAACCAGGCUGCGAGACUUCAGGGUGAUGGGACGGCAGCGGUAG